GCUUUCGUCAACUUUCUUGUCAACCCUCUCGCCUCUUGUUGACUGGCCGCGACGUGCCUUUGCUCUGGCCAAAGACGGCGCAUGUACUCCAGCACCACCCCGUAGUGUGCGCAGCACAAGACCGGCAAGAUGCCCGCACAGCGGCCGCGCGCUGCCUUCGAGCCUAUCGCGCCCGACUUCGACAUCGGCGCCCUCAUCGAAUCCACACCAAAGUUCUCCUAUGUCAACCGCAUAUCGAUUGACCAGAUCGAUGAGCAAGUUGUCGCCGCUUUCGAGAAGCUCGUGCUCCUCCAUGUCAUCCAGGGCGGCAAGCCUCUGGUCGUCGACGGCUUUGAGAACCGCUUGGAUCCAUGGACCUUUUCUCCAAAAUGGCUGAACGACAAUGUUGGCUCCAAGAGCGAGUGUCGAGCAUUCAAAGAACUUGUCGACCAAGGAGUCCCUACCCCUCACCAUCGGCCACUAUCUUAGGAACAUGAACAAGCUGAGCAGCCA